GUAGGAGUCGGGGAGAAUGGAAACAGAUAUAAGAUUACUUACUGGCAAAACUCAAGUACAGCAGCAGCUGUUUAGAUUGAGCGUUAGUCAUCGGCCUCUCUUUUGCCUCUUUUCCCCCCUCCUCUCUUUCUCCGUUCCUCAUGAGAGUGUUGUGAAUAGCUCCUGAAAUAGAGCCGGUGGAGCGUAAAGUGAAAUGUGAAAGGCGGCGUAGACAGAGGGGGGGUUUGUACAAGCAAUGUGAUACGCUGCCAGUGUAAGAAAUGUGUUCACAUGGAAAGAUAUGCAAAGAGAAAGGAAAGAGUUAGAAAGACUGAAGUGACAGAGACAAGGCCACACAGACAAGUGAGAGAGAGAGAGAGAGAGAGAGAGAGAGAGAGAGAGAGAGAGAGAGAGAGAGAGAGAGAGGCGUGCUCAGAGACUGAGAUUUUGACUCUGAGGAAGAAAGCUGGUGAAGGUUCACUGUUACUUUCCUGCCGUACAAUUAUCCUCUACCGAAAGGAUUUAUUUUUUUUUUUUUCAUUCCUGCUGGAUUUUCCGGACCUUGGACUUUGAACUUUGUCAGGAUCUAAACUUUUAUUUUCAGGAUUUUAACUGGACCUAAAUGAUUUACAACUAAUUCACAGUUCUGAUACAGUAAUCUGCUGGUUUGCCUUGGACAUGGGGUCUGGGAAGGAGCUCCUUAUUCUCGGUGUAUUGGUUAUGGUGAAGGAAUGUUUGACUGAAUGUUCCCUUGGUUUCAACACGGCAAAAGGGCAAUGUGUUGAUUGGAAUGAGUGCGAAGAAACUCCAGGCAUUUGUCUGGGAAACGCAGAUUGCGUCAACACGAAUGGUAGCUUCUUGUGUCAUUGUCAUCAAGGCUACGCACACAGUAAAGGGUUGGUGAACUUCGCACAAGAUGGACAAUGUCAAGAGGUAAACGAGUGCAUCGGUUUUACCAAUAUCUGUGGUCCCGCUGCUCAGUGUACUAACCUGAUGGGGAGUUACAAGUGCACCUGCAACUUAGGCUACUCCAAGAGUGGCUUUAGCAACUGCACGGACAUAAAUGAAUGCUAUGAAGCUCAAAUGAAACAAGAAGACCUCUGUGGAAGUGAAGGGACUUGCAUUAACAGGAAUGGGAGUUACUGGUGCAGCUGUUCAAAAGGAUACACCAACUACGGCAACAACAGCACAAAGUGCUCAUCACUCAAGUGUGACAGCUUCAAUGGAAACGGUGGACCCGCCUCGUCGCUUGGAGGCCUGGCAGACAUUUUGUUCAUGAUGAGAAACAGCUGUUUGGCUCUUUCUAACCCAAGUGCUGUGAGUGAAGUGAAGACUGAUGGAGAGGCGCUCCUUGAGAAACUAUUCACUGCGGCCGAGUCCAUCCUAUCCCCCGGGAAACUGAACAGCAGUGAAGAUGUGAGCGGACUGCUCAGCACGAUGGAGAAUGCUAUUAUGCUCAUUGGACCACAACUGAAAGAUAAACACACCAGGAUGGAGACCACUGAGACAGAAGUUGAGAUUGCAGUGCAGAGGGGAAAGACUCGGCCCACAGGACUAAUUCAGCUGACCAAUGAGGUUGCUACACUCGACACUGACUGGACAACAGCAGCUGGGAUGGGACCAUACCCUGGUUUUGCUCUGGCUGCAUUGUUGAGCUACAAGAAGCUUGAGAAAUCGGUUAACCGGUCGUUUGAGGGGCUCAAAGGACAUGAAAAAGACGGAGUGACUCCUUCCUUUCAGAUCUCCUCCAAAGUUGUGUCUGUUAUGGUUUCUAAUCCCAAUACUCAGCAACUGAAUCGCAACGUGACGAUCACCCUCAGACAUCUACAGGAUACAGAGGAGUCGGAUGAGCUGAGCUACAUCUGUGCGUACUGGAAAGAGAACGGGACCUGGUCCACAGAUGGUUGUUAUCAACAGGAGUCCAAUGCCACACAAACUGUGUGUACAUGUGAACAUCUGAGCAGCUUCGCUGUGCUCAUGGCUCUCUACCCCAUGAAGCACUCAUUUGGGCUCCAGGUGAUGACCAAGAUUGGGCUGACCAUCUCCCUGCUGUGCCUCGUGCUGUGCAUCCUGACGUUCAAGUUCUGCCGCUCCAUAAAGGGAACCCGCACCACCAUCCACCUUCACCUCUGUAUCUGCCUCUUCGUAGCUGACCUCUUCUUUCUGGCCGGCAUCUCACAAACUAAACCUGUGGGUGGGUGCAGCUUCGUUGCAGCGAUGCUCCAUUAUUUGUUCUUGGCCGUGUUCACCUGGAUGCUGUUAGAAGGGGUGCAGCUGUACCGUAUGGUGGUCCUGGUGUUCAACGCCACCAUGCGCCCCCUCUACUUAUACCUCACUGGUUAUGGGACACCCCUUGUUAUCGUCGUUAUUUCUGCCAUCAUUAGACCAAGCGGAUACGGCACUGACCAGCACUGCUGGCUAUCCCUGAAAGACGGCCUCAUCUGGAGCUUCUUUGGCCCUGUGUGCUUCAUCAUCAUCCUCAACGUCUUCUUCUUCUUAGUCACCGUCUGGAAGCUCGCCCAGAAGUUCGCCACCCUCAACCCAGACCUCACCCAACUGCACAAAAUUAGAGCUUUCACAGUGACAGCUAUCGCCCAGAUGUGCAUUCUGGGUCUUAUGUGGGUGUUUGGGGCCUUCCUGUUUCAAGAGGACAACACAGUGGUGGCAUACAUCUUCACUAUCCUCAACAGCCUGCAGGGAGCGCUGGUGUUCUUCAUGCACUGCCUACUGUCUAAACAGGUGAGAGAGGAGUACGCCCAUUUCCUUUCCUGUAUCUGCACACCACAGAAGAAGAGAUACUCAGACUUCACCAGUACCAAUCCCUCCAGUAGUCAGUCACAAGCUUUUCGAAGUGGGCAGCACACCGGAGAAUCCCAAAUAUGAAGUGCUCUAUCUUUGAAUCUACCUUUACCCUAUAUGAGCUAGCUCUGAUUUUAGGUUUGUAUCAAUUCAAACAAAAAUCCAGUCAUUAUUUAAUUACUAUAAGGUCAAAUGGCACCAAUUACUUUUAUAGAUAUAACUAAUCAGGGGCUCUCCCACUGGUUGCAUGAUACAUCUGGGUGGAAUCUGAGUUAAAUCUCAGGCCUUUUAGACCCUAAGGAAGUUAAAGGGACCACAUAUCUUACAUCUCAAAAACCAUAAACCUGGAUCCAAAAACAUGAUUAGCACACUUUGCCAGUCAACUGCGUUAUGGGCCAAAGUUAUAUCCCAUUGUUGUCACAGCAGGCAAAAAUGUUUAUUUGGGAACUGUUUAACUAAAAGAUGUUCAAGUAUCCUAUAUGUUUAUCCAAAACAUAUCACAAUCAUACUAUAAGCUGUAUUGCCUUUGGAAGGAUUCAAAGUAAAACAUAAAAACUGUACAUUGACAGAGUAUUUAUUUUCAAGCACAGAGAAAUACGUCUACAAUAUGUAGGCAACAAGAAAAUAUGAGUUAAGCUCUUUAUGUUCAAAGCAUGAGCAAUCAGUUUGCGCAGAAUUGUAUAAAUGUUUUUGGUAAAAGAAGGAUUGGUGUGCCUUUUGUUCAAGGAAAUGUUCCAUUUGUUUCCAUGUAAAGUAUUGGCAGAGAAACAACUGAUUUAUGAUGCACAUGUCCCAAGGCGUGCCUAUGAUGGUCCCGUCAUGUUCCUACAAAUCCUACGUGGGCUUCUGCAAGGAUUUUAUGUUUGUAGUUUGUUCUUUCUUAUACAAAAUAAGUGAUUUUUAUUCACUUGUGGCUUUUAAAAAAUAAUCUUUAUUGAUUUGCCAUAAAGCUGUGUCUUUCUCACUAGUUUAUAAGAAGAUAUAGAAAUAUGUUUCAAUUAGAAAGCAAGAAAAACAAAUACAGCCAAAAAUAGUCACUCUGGAAAUACAUGAAAACAGACCCACCCAUUCCCAUAAGCCAGCGACUUCCUGCAAUCAAAGUGUUUAAAUGGAGUUAAAUUCCAUUUUGUUAUCAUGUUUUCUUAUUAUAGCUGAUAGAGUAUGUGUCCACACAUUGUUAGUGACUGUAAGAAUCACAUCCCUGAAAUGAGAACUUUGACUAUUUAAAUAAGGUAUAUUGAUGGGAGAUGUACAGACCUGUGUUUCUUUGUUAUUGCACUUUUCUGUUAUCAAAAUGAUAGUCAAGCACAUCUUCACUUAAUUGGUGCAUGUGAUAAUGAAAAGACUUGAGAAGCAGCAUCAUCUACCAGAACAGUUUACGUGUUAAAAAAAACGGUUUACUUGCUGUAUAAAGCAACCAAUUAUAUAUCUUCUAAUUUAUAGAAAUUGAUCAGAGACAUUGAUCUGCAGAAAAAAAAAAA